AGUUAUGCCGGUGCAGGUACUCAUUUGACGAUAGAAUACAGCCAGUGAUGUGCUGUAUUGUCUCCGAAGCACAUUAACAUUUCCUGCACUUAUCGUUUCAUGAUUCGGGAUCCUUCAUCACAUGCUUCCUAUAGUGGAUAGUUGGAAUAACCAUAUCUUGAAUGGCCAUAAAGAAACCUUCAGUUUCAGGAAAUAACUCUCUCCUGCAAUCAGUAAAGGCUUACCCAGGUGCGGACGUAUUUUCUGAUCAUAAUCCUCUUAUUGCUCAGUUUCAACUACAACUGAAAAAGAUGCAAACCAGUCACAAAAUCGAUAAACUAAACAUAGAGAUGCUUAAAUCAGAAGAAAUCAGAGAUAAACUCAAACAAGAAAUCAAUGAAAAUUUAGAAAGAAAUGUCUCCGAAUCUCAACAAAAUAAAGAAAACCCAGAACAACAAUGGCAACUCAUUAAAACAUCACUUUUAGGACCCAGGAAAAAAUAA